AUGGGGACCGGCCGUGUUCGGGGCUCCCGGACCGGUACCGGGACUAUCGGACCGAACCGGGACAGGCCAUGUUCGAGGCUCUCAGACCGGUACCGGGACUCUCGGUCCGGCCAGGCUCGGUCCGUGCGCAUCCCCCGGCUGCGCUCCGUCCAUCCCUGCGGGGCGGUACCGCGGGGGCCCGGGGCGGUGCCGGGGGCCCGCCGCGGGCCCCGGCAGCGCCCGCCCGCGCUGUUCCACGUCCUGGUGCUGGCCCUGGUGGUCACCGACCUGCUGGGCACCUGCUCCGUCAGCCCCUUGGUGCUGGCAUCCUACCACCGCAACCUCACCCUGACCGCGCUGGCCCGCGGAGGGCACAUCUGCCUCUACUUCGGCUUCGCCAUGAGCUUCUUCGGCCUCGCCACCAUGCUCAUCCUCUUCACCAUGGCUCUGGAGCGCUGCCUGGCCCUGGGGCGACCCUACUUCUACGAGCGCUUCCUGAGCCCCCGCACGGGGCUGGUGGCCCUGCCGGCCAUCUACAGCUUCUCGGCCGCCUUCUGCUCGCUGCCGCUGCUGGGCUUCGGCCGCUUCGUGCAGUACUGCCCCGGCACCUGGUGCUUCAUCCAGAUGCACCACCAGGCCGGCGUGGAUGUGGCGGGGCUGAACGUCACCUUCUCGCUGCUCUACGCCACCCUGCUGCUCUUCCUCAUCGUCGCCGUGCUGCUCUGCAACCUGAGCGUCAUCGCCAACCUGGCCCGCAUGCACCGGCGGGGGCAGAGGACGCGCCGGGUCACCGGCCCCGAGCAGCCCCGCGCCUCGGGCUGCGGCCGCCGCAUCUUCUCCAUGGCCGAGGAGAUCGACCACCUGCUGCUGCUCUCCAUCAUGACCAUCACCUUCGUCAUCUGCUCCCUGCCCUUCACGAUCCGAGCCUACGUGAACAAGCUCAGCCGGGAGGAGGCGGACCACGAGUGGGACCUGCUGGCGCUGCGUUUCCUGUCCAUCAACUCCAUCGUGGACCCCUGGGUGUUCGCCAUCCUGCGCCCGCCCGUGCUGCGCCUCCUGCGCUCCGUGCUCUGCUGCCAGCUCGCCCCCGCGGCCCCCGGCGGCCGCGCCGUGUCCCCUGCUGUCGCCAAGCUGGCACGGCCGCACCUCUGCGGGCGGUAGCUGUCGGAUUGCAGGAGAAUCCUGCCUCCGGGGCGGUGCUGAGCGAGCUCUGCCUCGGGGCUCGUCCGGAGACCGGCUGGGGGUGGCUCAGGUGUCACCUGGCGGCCUCUCACGGCGAUGAGGUUGGAAGGGUUGGAGUCCCUUGGGUGCUGCUGUCCCACCUGGAGGAAGGCUCAGCCCUGAGGCUUGGGGGUUUUUGCUGUGACCCCACGGCUGGGGGGUGUUGGGAAGCAGAGAUUCCUGCCGGGGUGCUUCCCAGCGAGGUUUUUUUGGAGAUGGCUGCAAACACCUGUCUGUGCCCCCAGAUCCCUAAGGAUUGGGAAGGAGAGGAAGGGAGCGGUGUAUCCUCAAAAAUUUCCCUUUCUUUUAAGGCUGGUUGCCUAAAGAAAUGCACUUUUUCAGGGGCAGGUCUGUGUGCUCAUGUCUGUCUGUUUGUCUGUCCAACACCCCUGAGAUUUUAGGCACUGAUGGGUCCCUGAGGGGCACCAAGGUACUAAAAAAGCCAAAUUUUGGCACUUCCCUGGUGCUGUGAUGGAGCGGAGCAGCCCCUCCUCAGCACCCAUUUGGA